CAUCUUUUAUUAGCCCUAUGCACUACUAUAUAUGUCAGGCUUGUAUCAUCACUUUCUUACACCAAUCAGCCCCUUCCCACAACCAACCUAUGUUUCCUUUCACAAUUGGCCUUCUUCUCCUCCUCCUUGGAGCCUUGUUCUCAUUCAUCCAUCUCCGGCCACUCACCGGGAAACUACCACCUGGUCCUUGGGCACUACCCAUUAUUGGCAACCUCCACAUGUUGGGGAACCUUCCUCAGCGCAACCUCAGCCUCCUGGCCAAGAAGUAUGGUUCCAUCAUGUCUAUGCGCCUCGGGUACGUUCCAGCUACUGUAGUCUCAUCGCCUGAAGUUCCAAGCUAUUCCUCAAAACUCAUGAUAUUGUGUUCGGGAGUCGUCCUACAAUACAAGCCUCGGAGUAUUUGACUUAUGGUAGCUAGGGCAUGGUUUUUUGCAACUACGGUCCAUAUUGGCGCAAUGUCAGGAAACUGUGUACAAUGGAGCUUCUCAGCAGGGAGAAAAUUGAUUCUUUUGCAGCGAUGAGGAGGGAGGAGCUAGGGUUGAUGGUGCAAUCACUUAAAGAAAUGGGCGAGGCACGUCAGGUGGUUAACCUCAGUGACACGGUGAUUGAACUCAUUGAACACAUGACGCACAAAAUGGUUUUUGGGCAUAGCAAAAUUGAGAGAAUCCAGUUGAAAGCGCUUACACGAGGCGUUGAACUUGGCAGGAGCUUUCAAUAUAGCGGAUUACGUGCGCUUGCUAGGGGCUGUAAGAAUUUUAUGUGGCUCAUGCUUUAUAUUAUUAUGUAAUAUUUAUUUAAAUAUUUAAGUAUUAUGAUUUAAUAAAUAACAAAACUAAAAUGAUCACUCUUCGAUAAGUUAGUUUCUUAAAUUAAAGACAUUUUAAUAGAAAGUACACUUCUAAUCCUAUAAGGAAACUAGUCCUCCCUCCACCCUAUAAAAUAAGUAUUAUAUUCCAUCAAUAAUACACAUAAGAGAAAAUUUAAGGGUGAAGGGAUUAAAAGAGAGACACAAUUUCUAUUAUAUUUAUUGUUUGGUCUUUUCAAGAAUUUUUUCAAAAAAUUCCUUACGAAUUAAAAGCAUGUCUUCUCUUAAUAAUGUGACUAUGAAAAUGAUAUUAUUUUAAAAACCUUGGCCAUUAUGAUUUGUGCAAAAUAAGGACUUGAUUUACAUAAUUAUAGAAUUAGGGUUAUGAUUGUUUUGCAAGAAUCAUGAUUAUGAUUAUUCAGUAGAAAUUAGGGUUAUUAUUGUUUUACAUAAAUAAAAAAACCCUAACAUACACUUGACCUUACUUGAUUAAUUUCUCAUGCUAUUUAUUGUUAUUAUUUUUAGAAAUGUUGGGAUGCAUUACAGUAAAAUGGAAAAACAAUCAUAAAAAUCAAUCAUUUUUGAGACAAUUUCUCUAUCCUACAAGACACCUCAUCAAACCAACCCACCCGAAAAAACCUAAUCCUAAUCUCUUCAUCUUCUUCUACCUCACUUUUCUCCCUUCUUGUUGUAGUAUGUGGCUCAUAUUGAGUAAAAGAUAUAUGGAGAAAAAUUGGUAAAUGUUGGAGCAAAGCGAAGUGACGAUAUUUGUCAUUUAAACUUGUAUUUUUAUUGUUGAAGGCGAACGAUAAGUUGGGAGGGUGCGGGUCAGGGGUAACUCUUUUUAUCUAUUCCAAUAUUGAAUUCUUGAGAUCCAUGCUAUUUAGGAGAUUCUUCAAUUCUUUGUAAUAAUGAGAAUUACUAAAAUUAUGUUAUGAAAUUGCAUCAAAUUAGUCAAAUAAAGUAAAUAAAAUAGGAGUUGAAAACACACUUUGAAUUGUCUUGAUUAUAUUCUAAUCCCCGUAAUGCUUAUUAUUGAUAUGUAAUGCUUAUUAUACACUUCUAUGUUAUUGUUUGUCAACUAACUUCCUUGUUUUAUGGAAUCACUUAGCACGCUGUUAAGAUAUGUCUUCUUCUUAUUUUGAUUAUCAAUUUAUUAAAUGCACAUGAUUCUUGAGUAAUUUGUAAUUGAGCAUUGAUACAUUCCAUUAAUUUUAAUUUGGUUUCCUGAUCAAUUGUCAUAAUUAACUGAAUUUAAUUAAUUGAGACUUAAGACUUUAGGGCUUGGAGGGCACUAUACAUCUUUUUAUAGAUAACCUCACCCCUGAUUUAGACUUGGUUUUUAGAAGACACAUUUUUCCAAAUUAAGAGUCAAUUUUAAAGGUUUUAUUUAUUAUUUUGUUUUCCUUUAAAAAUAAUAAAAUAAAUGACAACUCCAAUUUUUUAAUAUAUAAAAAUUAGUUUUUCACUAAAAAAAAAAAAAAAGUGAGUAUGGCCAUCGAGUGAAGAGGUACAUGGAAAAAAUAGUCCCCACAAUUAAAAGAAAAAAAUUAUUUUUUUAUUUUUAAAAAUAGAAAAUAAAAAAGAAUUGACUUCAUUUUGCAACUAUUUUUUAAAACAAAAAAAUAGUUUUCCAUUCUUAAAACAAGAAAAUAAGUUUUUUUUUCUUUAAAACAUAUUUUAGUCAUUUGCAAUUACUUUAUGAAGAUUGUUUUAAAAGAAAAUUAUAAAAAUGUAGAAAAUAAUUGAAAAUAAAAGACUAGAAAUAAAAAUUAUUUAAAAAAGAGAUUAAGAACAUUUAGAGUUCAAAAAAAAACUUUUGUUCCACAAAACAUUGAAGAAUACUUUUUAGAAACUAUUUUUCAAAAUCGUGUUCAAAAACAUUUUCCAAAAACAAUUCAUAUAUAUUUAUUUGUUUUUACUUAUUUUAUGAUGAUUAUUUUAAAAAAAUAAAAGUAUAAAUAUGAAGAAUAAUUGAAAACAAAAUAUCAUCUAUGAAAUUUAUUUUUAAAAAAAUAUUGGAAAACAAAGAAAAUAAGUAGAAAGCAUUUCAAAUACUAUUGUUAUAGAAAACAUGAGAAAACUAUUUUGAAAAAUUGUUCUCAAAUUUUAUUUUUUGAGAAUUGAUUUUUAAAACAUUCUCAACUGCGCUCAAUCUUCCAUUUUAUCAUUAUAUUUUCAAAUAAUUUCCUUUUACAAUUUCUCUCAACACCUUUUUCCUCUCUCACCCUCUUUUAUUUCACAACCUUAUCUCUCAAGAUUUAUAUUUUAUAAUUGUUAGAAAAAACUAUUAUCAUAAAUAUGUUCAUUUAAUUUUUUUUUGAAAUAGAAAAAUGAGAUUAAUUAUUUCUCCUAAAAAUAUGAAAACAAGAAUAGCUAUAAUUUAAAUCAUAUAAUCAUUUCUUUAAUUAAAGGCUAAUUUUAUAUUAAAAUAAAGUAAUUAUUUAAAUAUUUAAUAUCCACAUUUUACUUUCACCAUAAUGUAAUAAUUUAAUUUAUCGACAAUUAAAUAUUAUCUUUGAAAACUCAAAAUGCCUUUUUGAAACUUGUUAUUUUUCUUUCAAGCACAAAUAAAUAAACAAAUAAAUAUAAAAAAUCCCAUGGCAUAUAUGUGGAGAAUAAACUAAUGAUUGUCUAGGUGAAAGAUUUUGAGUAUUUAUAUGGGAUAUCAUCCCACAAGUGUUGGAAAUACAAACUUUUGACUUUUCUUAAAAUUGGUAUCAUCACAUUCAGCAAAACCCUUUAUUCCUGACAAUCAUGAUAGUUGGGUAGAUGUUCUGUAUUAAUGCUAAAUGUAAGAAAUUCUUAAGUUGCAUUUGGAUUUUGGAAAUGGAGGAAAAACCAGAAGGAAAAUAUUUUUUUUCUUAUAUUUUUUUUUUUAGCUUUAUUUGCUUCUAAAAAUAUUCUUAAAUAUUUUUAAUUAUAUAAUUUUUAUUUUUUUUAAUAUUAUAUUUUACAAGAUUCAUGUGACUUAAUUAGUCUUUCAUGUAUUUAACUAGGAUCCAUCCAAGGAUGUUGAUACUCUCUCAUUAUUAUUCUUUUAUCCUUAGGGCUUUGUUUUUUAUAACUGUUUUCCAACAUAACAAAUAAAAAGGAAAAUAUGUUUAACCAUAGAAAAUGGGUAUUUUUAAAAACAAAAAAAUAUAACCUUUUUAAAAAAUAUCUUUUAAUUCAUUUUACUUGUCUUUUAAGAACAGAUUUAAAAAAUAAUUAUACAAACAUUUAGAAUAUAUUUUAGAGUUAUUCUAGAAAACGUUUUUAACAUUUCUAACAUUUGAAUGAUAAAAAUUCAAAAACUCUUCAUAGAAUCACUAUUAAACGGGUUUUUAGAAUAAUUAAAAAUCAUUAAACAUAAAAAUUAUUUUUAAAAUGUAUUUAAAAAUAUCAAAUACAUGUUAAAAACAUUUUAAAUUUUUAAAUAAAUUUUUAUUUUAUAAAAUAUCAUAAAACAAUCUUAAAAAACUAUUCUAAAAAAUGGUUGUUACCACACAAACCCUAUCUCUCAUUAUGUUAUUUUACAAUAAUAUCUAUAAAAAUGUUUAUCUAUGAGUACAAGUCAUAGAAUGUCUUGGAUGUCCAUCUCAUGUCAAUUGUUAAUAGGGGCCUUCUUCAACAAGGUCUUUUACCUUUUUCAUGUCUCUUAUAAGCUAUCGUGGUCUUUCACCCCUCUCCCUCUUUUUUUUUUUUUUUUUUCAAAUUGAAUCCAUUCCUUCCGAUGUGAGUAACCACUCAUAAUUAAGAAACCAUAUGUGGAUCAAGUAUAUGGAAGAAGGAAUUGAAUUUUGUAGUCAUCCCUUCCCUCUAUCUAAAUUUUUUAAAAACUUAUAUAAAAUAUAUUUUAAAAAAAAGGUGAAAUUUGUCGAAUAUUUGAUUUGAGAAAGUUUUAAAUGAUUACAAUGAAAAUAAAAUAGGGAAGAAAUAAUAAAAAAAAUAAGUAAAAAUAAAUGAAAAUAAUUAAAAUAAUAUUCUCAAAACACUAACCAAUAAAUAAUUGAAAAUAAUUAAAGUAAUGAAGGUGGGAGAGAGAAUGAAUUUAAUUAAAAAAAUGGAAAUUAAUAUAUGAAAAAGUAAAAUAUUUUCACUUUUUUCUAUUAAAAUAAAAUUAUCGGCUAUAUGACUUAAGACUUUCUUUAAGAAAUUCAAAAACAACAAACAGACGAAUAAUUUCCUUCCACGCGGUAGAGCAACUCCUCGUUCAUUUCUCUGCCCCAUCCGGAAACUGCCAUGUCUUUUCACUUGCUGACAUUUUUCCACACUCUAAUCCUUCCCUUAACAUCACCCAAUAGAUUGACUUGGAAGGUAGAGGGAGACCAAGUCUUUUGGGCGAAUUGGACCGCGGAUGAGAAGAGAAAAAGCCAGCAGACUGUACUUUCUUCUUCUUCUUCUUCUGGUUCUGCGUUGGCUCUGAUCAUCUUCUGAUCCAUAUUGAUGCAGAGAGAUAUGGAGUUCGGGCAGUCUCCCCAGCUCAAAGGGGUUGUUAUAAUCACUCUUCCACCACCUGAUAAUCCUUCUCUUGGGAAAACCAUUACCGCUUUCACGCUCUCUGAUCCACCACUUGACCGUCCCCACCACACCCAUCAACAACUUCAGCGCCAACAACACCAGGAAGAGGAGGAGGAAGAAGAAGAAGAAGAAGAAGAACCCCAUCAGCUCCCAAGUCCAUCGCCCCCGAACCCUGCGCUCCAGUUCUCUGUCAGAAAACUCUCUCUUGGUAACCCAAGAAUCCUUAUGGGGUUUCUGGGUGUCUCUCUUUUUGUGUUUCUUUUGUGGAAUUUUGCAUCUUCAAGCCCCCUUGUUGAAUUGCGCCGCAAAAACGAUGAUCGCGAACCCACUUCUUUUAUCUUGCCUUUGUAUCCCAAAUUGGGUUCUCGAUCACUAGGGGAUUUGGAGCUCAAAUUGGGGAAGUUUGUGGACUUUCAUGUAAAUGAUAUGAAGCCCGGAGGGAUCAACAAAUUGGCUACUUCUGUCUCUGCUUUCGAUUCAUCUACCAUUUUCCCUGUUAGGGGCGACGUUUAUCCAAAUGGCUUAUAUUUCACACACAUUUUUGUUGGGAGUCCUCCAAGACGUUAUUUUCUUGACAUGGAUACCGGCAGUGACUUAACAUGGAUUCAGUGUGAUGCUCCAUGCACUAGCUGUGCCAAGGGACCAAAUCCUUUGUACAAGCCCAAAAAAGGCAACUUAGUACCGUUGAAGGACUCAUUGUGUGUAGAAGUUCAGAGAAACCUAAAGACAGGAUAUUGUGAGACUUGUGAACAGUGUGACUAUGAGAUAGAAUAUGCAGAUCAUAGCUCCUCAAUGGGUGUUCUUGCAAGUGAUGAUCUUCAUCUAAUGCUUGCAAAUGGAUCACUGACCAAGUUAGGCAUUAUGUUCGGGUGUGCAUAUGAUCAACAAGGCUUACUUUUAAACUCUCUGGCAAAGACUGAUGGAAUCCUUGGACUUAGCAAAGCUAAAGUUAGCUUACCUUCUCAAUUGGCAAGCCAAAGGAUCAUUAACAAUGUGCUCGGUCACUGCCUUACCAGUGAUGCAACUGGUGGUGGAUAUAUGUUCUUAGGUGAUGACUUUGUACCCUACUGGGGUAUGGCAUGGGUACCCAUGCUUAACAGCCAUUCCCCAAAUUAUCACUCACAGAUUAUGAAAAUAAGUCAUGGAAGCAGGCAGCUUAGCUUAGGCAGGCAGGAUGGUAGAACAGAACGGGUAGUUUUUGAUACCGGCAGUUCUUACACAUACUUUCCAAAAGAAGCAUAUUAUGCUUUAGUUGCUUCUCUUAAAGAUGUUUCUGAUGAAGGGCUCAUCCAAGAUGGGUCAGAUCCUACAUUGCCUGUUUGUUGGCGAGCUAAAUUUCCAAUAAGAUCUGUGAUAGAUGUGAAGCAGUUCUUCCAGCCUCUAACCCUUCAGUUUAGGAGCAAAUGGUGGAUUGUCUCCACAAAAUUCCGGAUUCCUCCAGAAGGCUACUUGAUAAUAAGUAAUAAAGGCAAUGUGUGCUUGGGUAUCCUUGAUGGAAGCAAUGUGCAUGAUGGAUCCACAAUUAUACUUGGAGACAUCUCAUUGCGGGGAAAAUUGGUGGUGUACGACAAUGUGAACCAGAAAAUUGGGUGGGCACAGUCCACUUGUGUGAAGCCACAAAAAAUUAAAAGCCUUCCAUUCUUCUGACGAGAGUUUGUAGGUAACAUGGGAAGAAUACAGUAUAGCCUAUAGAUUCGGUUCCUUCUUUGUACAUAUCCAGCUGACUACCUCUGCGUUUUUGUGGUGAAUCCCUCCAUACUUACAUACGAUACUAUAUGUAUAUAAGACAAGCAAAUAUAUAAGUUUUGAGACAAAUGUUUUUUUCUUUUUCCCGUUUUAUGACUAUAAAUUGUAAGGUUUGCAGGAUAUUCGACUUCUAUGUAAUAAUUAUUUUCACA